AUGUCGGCGACUAUCCUAGAGAACACUCGGACGACUCCUGUCUCCGUUUUGGUGGACUAUGAGGUCCAUCACAGCGGACAGGAGGAGCACACGCCUACAAACUCUCUGUCCCCAGCGCCGACCACUCAGCCGCAAAAUUGGCCCUUUGAUCAUCGUCGAAUUCCUGCCUACCGUCCUAUCAGUCGAAACCUGGAUUUUAGCCAACGACCAUCAGGCGCAAAUAAUGUGGAACGGGUUGUUAUUACAGUCAUGCUGCAUGGUGUUUGGCUCAACGCAGUCACAUCACGAGUUUGGCGCUUUACGGGAGGGAGAUUGAACAAUCGUUUGUUUCAUUACGAGAUCGGUGGUGAAUGGUAA